AUGAGGAACACCCCUCAUGUCCUGCCUCUCGGCGUGCUCGCUGUGCUGCUGCUCUCUCAGCUCUGCUCCGGCAUCAAAUGGCUAUCGUUAUCGCACACGCCCACGUCUCUGCACAUCAACCAGACCCAACACUGUAAGCUGCUGCCGGGCCUGGUGUCCUCCCAGGCCCAGCUAUGCCGCAGCAACCUGGAGCUCAUGCAAACAAUUAUCCAAGCGGCCCGCGAGGUCAAGAAAACCUGCCAGAAGACCUUCGCCGACAUGCGCUGGAACUGCUCCUCCAUCGAGAUCCCCCUCGACGCGACCAAGUUCCGGCCGGACCUUGACCGAGGGACGAGGGAGUCCGCGUUCGUCUACGCCCUGUCGGCGGCGACCAUCAGCCAUACCAUAGCACGGGCGUGCACGUCGGGGGACCUGCGGCUGUGCUCGUGCGGCCCGAUCCCCGGGGAGAUCCCGGAGCCCGGCUACCGCUGGGGCGGCUGUGCGGACAACCUGCACUACGGCCUGGUCAUGGGCUCCAAGUUCUCCGACGCCCCCAUGAAGAUGAAGAGGGCGGGGUCGCACGCCAACAAACUGAUGCACCUGCACAACAGUGAGGUCGGGAGACAGGCCCUGAGGGAUGCGCUGGUGAUGAAGUGUAAAUGCCACGGCGUGUCGGGUUCCUGCUCCAUAAGGACCUGCUGGAGAGGCCUGCAGGACCUGAGGGACAUCGCCAUGGACCUGAAGACCAAGUACCUGUCCGCCACGAAAGUGGUUCACCGACCCAUGGGCACGCGGAAGCAGCUUGUGCCCAAAGACAUCGACAUCAGACCCGUGAGGGAGAAUGAGCUGGUUUACCUGCAGAGCUCCCCAGACUUCUGCGCCAAGAACGAAAAACUGGGGUCCGUCGGCACGCAGGACAGGCAGUGCAACAAAACGUCGGUCGGCAGCGACAGCUGUGACCUGAUGUGCUGCGGCCGCGGCUACAACCCCUACUCGGAGAAACUGGUGGAGCGCUGCCACUGCAAGUACCACUGGUGCUGCUACGUCACCUGCAAGAAAUGCGAGAGGAUGGUGGAGCGAUACGUCUGCAAGUGA